CCGUCCUGACGUCACCCCGAGGCGGAAGAGGCCACAGGUCCCGAUGUCAUCGCAGAGGACCCCGGUGCUGGAGCCGGGCUGGCUCCUGACCCCCGCCGCCCGGCCCUACCUGGGCUCCAUCCUGCACAGGAACCGGCGCCGGGUGUUCGGGCUGCUGGAGCACCCGGUGCUGCCCCCCGGCCUCGCCGUCCCCUUGGUCCCCUACAAGCUCUUCCUGCACGGCAAGAGCGGCGUUGGCAAGAGCGCGCUGGUGGCCUGGCUGGCGGGGACCCCUGUGCCCCCCGUCCACCACGAGACCCUCGGCAUUGAGGUGACCACCGUGUAUUGGCCUGCCAAGGCGCGCGCCAGCGGCCGCCCCGUCCUGUUCCAGCUCCGGUUCUGGGAUUGCGGGGAUGGAGCCAUGAGGAAGUUUGAGCAUCUCCUGCCCGCCUGUAAGGAGGAGGCAGACGCCGUCCUCUUCCUGUUCUCCUUCACCGACCGCGCGUCCUUCGAGGAGCUGCCGGCGCAGAUGAGCCGGGUGAUGGAUCCCGAUGGAGCGGGGCUGGUCAGGGUGGUCGUGGGCACCAAGUAUCCUUCUAUGGGGAGCAGCCCCCCAACACACACACACACACACAA